AUGUCUUCCAAGCAAAUUAACAUUUUCUUAACUGGUGCAACUGGUUAUAUCGGUGGUAGCAUUUUAACUGGUCUUCUUCAACAUCCAAAUGUUUCAAAUUUCAAAAUAACUGCUCUAAUUCGUGGUGAUGAAAGUCGAGUGAAUAAAAUUGCAUCACUUGGUGUUAUUCCAUUAAUUGGUACAAAUGAAUCACAUGAUAUUCUUGAGAAAGCAGCAAGUGAAUCACAUGUUGUUAUUCAUACAUCAAAUUCUGCUGAUGAUAUUCCAUCAGUUAAAUCUAUUCUUAGUGGUUUAAAUAAACGAACACAAGCAAAUGGAAAACCAGUUAUUUAUAUUCAUACAAGUGGUACUGCUGUUAUUUCUGAAGAUGUUCGUGGUAAAAAAGGAUCAAAUUCAAUUUAUAGUGAUCUUGAUCCAAAUAAAAUUAAUAGUAUAGCUGAUGAUCAAUGGCAUCGUGAUGUUGAUUUGUUAAUAAUUAAUGCAGCACAAGCUAAUCCUUUAUUGAAGAGUGUUAUCGUUCUUCCACCUGCUAUUUAUGGUAUUGGUACAGGAUUAUUUCAUCGAGAUUCUGAAACAAUUGGAUCAUUAAUUCGAGCUGCUUUAAAACGUGGCAAAAUAGAAAUGAUAGGACCAGGUGAAUCAAAAUGGGGUUAUAGUCAUAUUGGUGAUUUAGUUGAUGCAUAUAUUCUUCUUCUUGAUCAACUUCUUGCUGUUUAUGGACCUAAUGCAAAAUCUGAUGUAAAAUCUAGUCCGUAUUUAACUACAGGACGUGAAGGUUAUUAUUUUACUGUAGAUGGACAAGUUUCAGGAAAAGAAGUAUCAGAAAAAAUUGGUGAAAUUCUUUAUAAGAGAGGUAUUCUUCAGUCACCUACUGUUACAAGUUUUCCAGAUGAUGAAAUAGAAAGUGCAUUAUUUGGUCCAUUUAGUUGGGUUUUAGGAUGUCAAUCAAAUUCAAAAGCCGAACGAUUAGAUAAACUAGGAUGGAAACCUCAUCGACCUAAUAUGAUCGAUUGUAUUGAAGAACAAGUUGAUGCUAUACUCAAUGAUACGAAGAAUAAAACACUCAUUCAAUAUACGUACACUAAAAAAAACAAUUCAUAA